AACAUUCAAUUUAACUUGGAUUACAAAAAAAGGAUCCAAAUAUAGAUGAUAGAAGAAGUAGAAUGAGAAUUAACCACCAUUGAAGCUAAAAUACAUUCUCUCUCUCCAAACCUUCCCACCUCUUACGUGUCAACAACCAUCUCACUCGCCUCUCUCACCCCACCACGUGUCACCACCCUCCUCCUCUCCAUCAAAGCUAAUAAAAAAGAACCCCUACGUUUUUUUUAAACCCUCGGCCAAAAAAACAAAACACACUUUCCUCCCUCCAUUUAUUUUACACAACAAUGGCGGACGAACACGAAGCAGACGUCGAAAUUACAACCGACGCAAAAACAACCGUAUAUUCCGACGCAAUUGAGGAAGAUGAAUUAGAGCUAAGCCUUUCAUUACGCCCAUUAAAUUGUUCUUCUUCUUCAUCUUUUGACCAUCAUCCUAAGAAGCUUCUAGAAGCUUCUUCUCCUUCUUCUAACGUUCGGAUCCUCUCGAAGCGUGAUGCGCAAGCUUUACGCCGACAUAAAGCUAAGUUGAAGAGGGACUUUAAACGUAAAGCUUGUGUUAAAAACGACGUCGUUGUUAACCAGGUGACGGAGGAUUGUUUGGAACGACGUCGUAAGGCGCUUAAUUUAGGAUUUCAAGGAGAAAGAGCAGCGCCGCCGUGGUUGGGGUGGAAUAAUGCUGGUGGUUUCCGACCUUACCAGGGGCAAAAUAGUAAAUUUACUUCUGUUAAUGAGGGUAAAGAUGGUACUUCCGUUUCUAGCGGUAGUUCAUCCGGGAUUUCUGAUAAUUGCCAGAGUAUUUCUGGUCCAGGUGGGAAUAGCAGUGACACCGGCAGUCAUUCGAGCAAUCCUAACUCACAAUUCCCAACUCCGAAUGUUCCAACAACUAGUACUACUUCACAACUACAACCCUGUUCAUCUCAACUAGACCUUCAACCAUUUAGUUCUAACCCAGACCAUUCAAAACCCGAAUGGUGCAGCUCAUACUCUAACAAGAUUGAACUCAUCACUGGCUCAACACAACCCUGUAAGUCAUCAGAAGGGGUAACCUCAUCAAGCAUGACUUGCCAACAAAAUGAAGCUCAACCUAUAAAUGAUAAGACAUUGUCACAUAUAGAUCCUAACACAACUUCUCCAAGCUCAUCACUUCCCAAGGGAGCAGUAGGAGAAAAUGCAAAGCCGCCAAAGCCAGUUGGGCUGAUAGGCCAACAGAAACUUGUAUUUUCUCAAAUGCCGUGUGUUUCAACCACCGGAAAUGGACCUGAAGGAAAGACAAUCACCGGGUUUUUGUAUAAAUACACAAAAGCUGAGGUGAGCAUUAUUUGCGUAUGCCAUGGAGCAUCAUUCUCCCCAGCUGGUUUCGUGGAACAUGCAGGAGGUGUUAAUGUAGAAUACCCACUCAAGCAUAUAAGAGUUGUUCCUUUCGGCCUUGGUUAACCAAUUUGAGCUAACUUAACGAGCUAUCUAGUAUGCUAAUCUUAAAUAGAGAUGGUAAAUGUAAUAGUAUAGGCAAUUCCUUUCCCCCAUUCUUCUUUUGUAGCAUGGAAGGGGUAAGCAGGAGAUUCUUUUGUUCAGAAGAUUGAACCCUUGUUAUCUAACUAAAUUAGUACUAUGGAUUCUAAAUUGAAAUUUUCCAUUCAAGAAGGGUUGUUUCAGUUUAGUUUACCUUAAAUUUCA